ACAAAAUCAACUUUUCCAUUAAUGUCCUUUUUUCAUGAUAUCUCUACCUGCAUUUAUUCACAAGUGCAACUUCCCUUUCUCGUGCAUGCUUAAUAACUCUAGUCUCUAGAGAGAAGGAGCAAUGGAGAGUUUGAUAGAACAAGCAAAGGAAGAAGUGGAAAUACUGGAGUAUCAGCACCCAAACAAGUUCUAUUCUCUAAAGCAAGACCUUAGAGCUUUCAUCUCAGAACUGGAGGACUCACAAAACUUGCUGCUCAAACACACCACCAUUUCCAUCUUUUCUGAAACUCAAGAGUCAUCCACCACAAACAACAGAAAAGAAGUCGCUUUGGUUGGAGGAGCCAUGGAGAAGAGGUGCAAGACUGAUGCAGUCCUAGAGAGAGCUCAGCAGUGUCUGCAUAAAAUUCGACAGUUGAAAACUAGCUUGUGUUAGCUUAUCCAAACAUUACCACAAAAAAUAUCUGCUACUUUUGUUUGAUGAAUUCUACUGGGUCAACCAACACGUUAUGAAAUUGGGAUUUCAAAUCAUAUGCAGAGACUCCUAUUCAGUGCCCAUUGACAAGGUUAAGAUAUACUAUCAAAAUCUUUGGAUGUGUAAAUUCCCAAGAGUGGCUUUCCCACUUCUUUCAGAGGUGCAAAAGCGAAUAUUUGAUCAAACUCAUUAACAAUUCAAGUUGUUUUAAGCCUCAAAAA